CGUACAUCGUUUUUUGCCGACGAACAAAUUACGUGUCUUUUGAUGAUGUAGUAAGUGUGUAAUGGGCAAGCGGUGUCACUGAUUCACGUGUAACACCGAUGAGUCAAGGUACACUGUUCUUGCUGGUGUAACUGAAGCUGGAACGUUCGUGCUGCUAGAGAAUAGGAUUCUUUUCAUUAGUUUUGUGUCGAGCUUGGGUGGUGCAGUGGUUAACAAGCGUGAGCGGGUUUACUAAGCACAGCUCGUUCUAAUGCUAAGCCUUGGCAGACUAGACUGGAAAAAGAACGAGCGUAAUAAUACUAGAUCGUAAAACGUUAUUAAUAAAUUUUAGCAAAACAUUAUGAAGAUACUGUGGGAUAACAGAGACCAGAUUCCAGCAACAGGAAAGAAGCUUCCAGUAUGGGGAAUGGAAGACAGCAAACCUGAUGAUGGAAAGGGGUUGUUUCUAGCUGACCAGUGGAGAGAGCCAGCCUGGAGCACUGGACACAACAGUGCCUCAGGUAGAGACCUCAUGAUUCCAUUAGUGGACUUUCAUUACGUAGAACAUGCAGUUUCACAACCAAUUAUGGUUCAGAGACGCAGUGGAUCUUUUCCUGGAAAUGAUGCUAAUACCAUGCUUUCCCCACGCUCCUCUGAAACUAGUGGACUGGGUGUAAAAAUGGCAGAAUAUGUACUGGGUAGCUCACCAACCACAAAAGAUCUUGAUUCACAAAUGGCUCGACUUCAUGUUGGAUUAAAUUCAGCAGAUGGUAAUGAGAAAGGAAAGAAACCAAAGCCAUAUGACAGUGAUGCUAAAAGAAAAGAAAGUGAUGGUGGAGGAAUUUUACAUGCUAAUGGUAUAAUUCAAAAUGGGCUGGAAGAUGACCAGGGUUUUAGUCGGACGCCUGGUAGUAGACAGCCUUCUCCUUGUGAGGAAGACAUGAACAAAAAUCCAACAAUAAAUGACAUAUCUAAACUUCAGAACUCUGCAGGGGAACAUUUAGUCAUGCAUCCUGGUGCUGGAGGACUCCCCCAGGUCCCUGGUUCACUUGGAUUAGAUGGAGGGUUUGAACCUGUAGGAAUUGAUAGCUUGUCAUUUGAUUAUCCUCCACAUUUGAUGCAGUCAGUGGAUUCACCAAGUGUUUUAGAUUACAUUAAUCAGAGAAGUGAACUUUCUACACAACAGCUUUUGUCACAUCUCUAUCAACAAAGAAACCAAGUUGCUCCACAAGGACAGCCAUUACCAAUGAUGCCUCAGCAACAAUAUCCACUGCCUUCUCAGCAACAAGGACAGAAUAUGGGAGCAGUACAACCUGGAGCCCCAACAGGCACUCCUACACAGUUUGCAUCAAACCCCUACAUAAUGAACCAAGACCCCUAUGCCAUGAGCACUUUUAUGGCAGGCCCAGCUAUGAUGCCGCAGUAUUAUGGAAUGCCUCCGUGGGGAAUGUUUCCCACACCAGGUCUCAUUCAAGGAAGUCAGGGGCAACCCCAGGGGCCAACUGUACAGCAACACAUAUUACGUAGCAAUGGCACUCGUCCCAUAACACCCCAAGGAAAUGGAGAGUCUCUCCCCCAGGGUGCAAACAAUAUUCAAGGUGGCCAGUACCAGAUGGUGGCACCCUCUUUUUAUGACCAGAAUGGCUCACUAAUGGUUGGAAAUGCCAGGGGUGUUGGGGCACCCCCCACCAUGAGACUAAUACCACCAUUGAUUGUGAACCCCCAGGCCACCACUGGCAACACUCCUGCUCAAUCUAAGCAGAUGAGUAAUGGUGGCCUACCCAUCCUGUUACCUGAAGUUCAACAACUCCAGAACCCUACUGCUAGUCUUUUUUCUGCCCAUGCUUCUAACCCUGCCUGCAACACACUCUACACAUCUGCCAAUAAUAACUUACCAUUCAAUCAGCAGACAAACAACCUAGCCUUUUCUGGAAGCAGUGGGUUUGCUUCAGGCCUUGGAAUGGGCCAUAGUCAGACUCAAGCUAGUAUGGUGUAUGGAAGUAGUCCUCUCGGUCCUAUUGGAUCUUCUGGUAUAGGAGCUAUUGGAUCAGGAUUGGGUAAUACCACAAGCUCUCCUCACAGAGAUUUGUUUGAUAGAAGAGACAGUACUGGCCUGGGAAGUGGCUUUUCUACUAACCUAGAAAACCAAUAUUCUCGGCAGAUAGCAGCACCAAAAAGUGGUCAGUUUUUUGGUCAACUGGGGACAGUAACAGGUUCUUCUGGUCCAAUUGGAAUGCUUCCUUUGGGUCAGAGCCUAACUCCCCCUCCUUCAAUAAAUGGGUCAUCUACCAAUCUAAACUUGGGUGCUCUGAGUAGUCGCAUGCUAUCUGCAGCUCCUGGUGCUGAAGCUAAAUACAUGGUCAGAAAUGGGCCACUGAGCAACAACGUGUUUGGUUCUUCAAACUCUCUGUUCCCUAGUCGACAUCUUCAGAGAAAUUCAAGCUUAGAAAAGCCAACUGGAAGAAGUCAUCUUCUGGAAGAUUUUAGAAACAAUCGCUACCCAAACUUGCAGCUCCGAGACCUUGCUAAUCACAUUGUAGAGUUUUCACAGGAUCAACAUGGAUCUAGGUUUAUCCAGCAAAAAUUGGAACGAGCAAUCCCAGCAGAGAAACAGAUGGUUUUUAAUGAGAUCUUGGGAGAUGCUUAUGGUCUGAUGACUGAUGUCUUUGGAAACUAUGUCAUCCAAAAGUUCUUUGAAUUUGGAACACUUGAACAAAAACAAGCUUUGACACAAAAGGUUAAAGGCCAUGUCCUGCCCUUAGCAUUACAGAUGUAUGGUUGUCGAGUCAUACAGAAAGCAUUGGAGUCCAUACCUUCAGAUCAACAGAAGGAAGUUGUUAAAGAACUUGAUGGGCAUGUCUUGAAGUGUGUGAAAGAUCAAAAUGGAAACCAUGUUGUUCAGAAAUGUAUUGAGUGUGUGGACCCAUUAGCCCUGCAGUUUAUUAUCAAUGCUUUUCAAGGACAGGUGUUUGCCCUGUCAACACACCCAUAUGGUUGUAGAGUUAUUCAACGAAUUCUGGAGCACUGCACGCCAGAUCAAACCACCCCAAUUUUGGAAGAGCUUCAUCAAAAUACAGAGCAGCUGGUCCAGGAUCAGUAUGGUAACUAUGUUAUCCAGCAUGUCCUGGAGCGUGGUCGACCUGAUGACAAAAGUAAAAUAUUAUCUGUGGUUCGUGGGAAGGUUUUGCCACUGUCUCAGCAUAAGUUUGCUAGCAAUGUAGUGGAAAAGUGUGUGACCAACUCUUCAAGAGCUGAAAGAGCCAUGUUAAUAGAAGAAGUCUGCAGUUGCAAUGAUGGUCCCCACAGUGCCUUAUACACUAUGAUGAAGGACCAGUAUGCCAACUAUGUUGUUCAGAAGAUGAUUGAAGUGGUUGAGCUCCCUCAGCGUAAACUUCUGGUGCACAAGAUCCGUCCCCAUAUCACAGCACUUCGGAAAUACACCUACGGUAAACACAUUCUGGCUAAGCUAGAGAAGCAUCUGAUGAAAACCAGUGAUCUUGGUCCCAUUGGGCCACCUCAAAAUGGAGCUUUGUGACUAGCUGGAUGGGACAACAUACCAGACAAGUAGUUUUAGUUGAGUGCUGAAUGCUUUAGAGCUGUUUGGGUGUUAAUAGUCAGCAGCUUUGUAAGUUAAACAUGUGGUGCAGGUUAAGUGGUUGUUGAGGAACAAUGCGUUUGAUAGCUCAUAAAGACCUAUCUUUAUGUAAUUAUUGGUUCUGUAUUGUAAAGUAUAGUAGGGAUAAAAAUUACCUGGUGCAACCCAGUGUUAAGUAUUACAAGCAUUUUGUGUUGAAAGUAAUAAAUUUGAAAAAAUUCUCUCUUGUAUCUGUAAAAAGCUGGAGCCCCUUAGAAACAAACCCUACAGCUAAAGUUGCAUCUUUUUUGCUAAAGCAUUGAAAUACUGUGUUGUAGACUUCUGAAGAUGAUGAAAAAUACAGCUAUUAAUUGCUUUGUAAAAUUAAGUUUUUUUUUAAUUUCUCAUUUCGAUAAGGCCUUUGUUUGUGUCUUAAAAUCUGCAUUUUUAAAACUGACUGAAUAUAUAUUGAUAUUUUAAUUACAAUUGCUGUGGUUGCCAUUAUGACAGAUUUUUUUCAACAUGUGUAACUGUGGUGUACUGUUUCAAAUACUUGAUUUCCCAAGCAUAUGUGAAACACUGGGAGGAAGUUGUAGUUGUUUGUAAAAGUUUGUAUCCCCACCUGUAGAAAGCAUUUAUAAGGUGUAAUUUGUGCAAAGUAAUAAAUUUUUUUCCACUUGUCCAGUAAAUGUUAAAAUACCUUUGUAACUAAGCUAUCUAAAAGAAUUGAUUUUGAAAACUGUAUUAACAAACCACCCAUGUGAUUUAGUAAGAAUUACUUUCAGGCCUUGAAUUUAGUAGACAGUUAUACCUGCUGAAAGUUAAAACAGUAAUACAUUUUUCUAAAUUGUGUCUUAAAAUUGUAUUUCACGGACUGGCAGUAAGUCAUUAAACAGAAACUAAAGAUGGAAUUAGGUGUUUUUAUAUACUGUAAUUAUAACAAACAUGUUAUAUAUUUCAAUACCUACUUGUGCCUGCCUUUUAAUAGGUUUUGAAGGUUUGGCCAUCAUUUGGUGAUAUUACCCUCCUAAAUCACCAAGUUCCUCAGAUAUCAGAAGAGAUUCCAUGAAAGAUACAAAUAUUCAGAAUGCUGUUUAGCUGUAUUUGACAAUUGCUUUUAGUUUUUAUGUCUGUGUUUGUAAUGUGUAUGGAUAGAUGUGUAAAUUAAAGCAUUAAAAUCAGAGGUUUAGAUUUAAAACUUAAAUUUCUUGUUGGUGCUACCACUUGAGAUUUUGAAUAUGUAGACAUUUUCUUUUAUAGUUGGUGAUGUAAAAGAGCCUACUCUAUUCCUCUGUAGCUUAUUCAACAUUGUUGUUAGCAUUAUUAAAAAAAAAUAAUUAGGAGAGUUUUAUAUUACUCCAGUAGAAGUCCAAGCAUAUUUUUGUUUAUAAUUUCUAAGUAAGGAAGGUUAUAUCAUUGAUGACGGAUUAAAUAGUUUUUCAGUUAAGCUACAUUUUUAAAAAGUAUCAAGUAAGCUCCAUUCCUAUUGCUUCAAAAUGUUGAGCUCUAGGCUUUUUACAGGAUAUACUUAACUGUAUGAAUAGUAUCUUUCAUGUUUCUUUUUGAGAUACAAGAAAAGAAAAAAAAACCUAGGGAUAGUGUAACUACACGUUGUGGUGGUGGUGGUUCAGCUUAUAUAUUAAUUAAACUUAUGUAGAUUGUUAUACUUUUAUAGAUUAGCUAUGUUCCAUUACAUAUGUUGAUUGGUAUUUGAUGUUGGUUGAAGAAAACUGUAUUUGUUUAAAAUACUUUGUUUUUAGUGAUACAAAACUGAAUCAUCCUGAUGACAAUUUUUUCACACACAUGCUUCUUGUUAAUGAGUAAAGUUGUGUAACAGUUUUAUGUGAGUAUUAUCUUAAAUUCACUAUAUCUAUCUAUACAUAUAUGUAUGUAAAUGCUUGGUAUUUAGAUGUAAUAACAUUGUAUCAUCUUGAUAGGUUACUUAGAACUAAGUGUAGUUCUCCUUGUAUUUUUGUAUCCACUUGUAAUUUUUUUUCAAAUUUUGAACUGUAAUUAACCAUGAGUAUUUUGUGCACAGUAUGGAGUGUUGUAGAAAGUAAAAAGUUGCCUUGACAAAAAAAAUUCAUUUUUUUUCACAUUUCAUAAGAAGCCUUUUCAACUAACCUCAAAAUCAAAGUUUCUAUUUCAUAUUUUUUCCUCCUUAUAGUUGUGAAAAAUGCAUACAAUGUGAUAGCUAAAUUAUUUUUGUGUUUCUUCUGUUCAUUUGCUUUAUAGUAAAAAACAAAAGUGCAAAUUAAAGUGAGACUAGGCUAAACUGUAAUUAGUUCAGCAGAAUUUCAAAUUCUAAAACCUUCUUCAUUAUAUUUACAUUUAGUAAUAGAAACUAAAAAUUGCCUUAGUUUUAAUUUAUGGUCUUGUUAGAUCUUGCACAGUAUUUCUCAUUAGUAAAUUAAAAAUUCCCAGAAUAUUAAUGUGCCAUUCAAGAUAUUUGACUUUCAAACAGCUCAUUUUUUUUCACAUUAAAUAUUGAAGCUUUAGUGUUCCUGGUGUUAUGGUGAUUUUUUUUUUUCAUACGUUGGACUGUAAUUAAUACUUGAGUGUUUGUUUUCUUAAUGUAAAGACUAUGGUAAAAUUGUAGAAAGUAUAAACUGUCUUAACAGAAAUAAUGCAGGCUUUUACAUGUAUUUAUGUAAUAUACUUUGUUGUUAUUUUUUUAAUUCAUUUCUUUUUUAUGAAAAUUAAGCAUUAUUUUUAUUUUCAACAUUUAGAAAAAUGGAAGUAUGUAGGUAGCUACAGAGAGUAUAAAUUGAUUACAGGAUUUUGAACAUUUGAAAGAAAUAUAAAGUAGUAUUAAGUGUGGUUAAUUUAGCCUUUAAUUUUCAAUAGAUUAUAAUGUAAACAAAGUGUAAUAUAGUCUACUGUACAGAAGAUAUAAUUGUAAUUAUCUUACAUUAGAAGAGUUUUUAAUUAGUCCAUUCAAUAUUUUGUUAAAAGCCAAUCAGUGUGAAAAUGUGAAUGUCUUUAGUAAAUGUCCAACCAACAAAAUUGAAAUAUGUGGCCAAAAGAGACUAGUUAAUGUAGAAAGAAAUCUCUUCUGAAGCAAUUACUGUGGUAUUUGUUGAAGUAAAAUUUGAAUAGGACAGGAAUACUGUGCAAGAUCUAUAAAUAAUCUACUAUGUAAAUUAGUAAUAUAAUUUUUUUUAAUAUCAUAAUAUCAGAUGUUAAUGAAAUAGUGAGUUUAAACAAUUUUUCACUUUCAUCCUGGUACAAGGUGCUGCUUAUCUUUUCUUUGGAUCUUUUGGUAUACUGAGCUUUGUAUAAAUGUAAAUUUGUAAAUUGAAACGUGCAAGUUCACUCUUAAGACCACACACACUGUAAAAAGUCAGUUGUAGUAUUCCAUCAAACCAAACUUGUACAUUUGCUUUAGUCUUUUUCAAAAAAAACCUUGUUGCCUUUUGUAAAUGAAUCAUUCUUUCAUCUUGCCGAUCCCAUUUAUCUGUCUAAAGACUAGUACAAGUGUGGAAUGUUUUUUUUUAUUAUUGUUAUUAUUUGCAUAGCCAAGGAAAAACAUGCUUUGUUUUUACUGUGUCUGUUAGUGUAGUUAAAUUGAAAUGUUUAGAAUAAAACUUCUAAUAAGUACUUAAAUUGCUUUUGUGUUCAUUUUGACUGGACAAAGUGCGUUCCAGUUUCUUUUUUCUUGUUGUAUUAUAACCUGAUAGAUUUCUUUUGUGGAUUGUAAUUUCUCUGUAUCAACCAACAUAUUCUCAGGCCAUGUCUUUGUCCAAUUAAUAAUUUUGAUAUUUCUCAUCAAAAAAGUUUAAAACUAGGGCUUAUCUGGUACUUUGUAAGUUUCAUUGUUAUCAAUAAAUGUUGAGUGACAUGAUAAAAUGGGUCAUUUAGCAUAAUAAAAUUUAUGUACAAAACUAACACUGAGAUAUGAGGUGCACUUGACUGAAACACUUACAAACAAACAUUAAAAAAAAUCAUUACUUUAAAAUGGGAAGGAAAAAAAAAGAGAAUCAUAAUAAAAGAGCUCUUUCACUAAGCUGAUGUUACAAAUGAGUAUAAUAUAAAACAGUGGUUAUUGCAACUGACAUUAAUGUUAUUGAGAUAUUGCUAGUGAGAAGUUUAGUCUAUGGAAUCAUUAUUAUUGUGCAGUUAAAAAUUGGCACAGCUGAUUAUAACAUACUCAGAUACUUUUGACAAUCUGUUUUAUAUAAUUCUUACAACAGUCACCUUAGAAAUAAAAGUCUCUUCAGGUUCUUAUUAGCAAGUCAGAAAAAAUAUGGAUGGAGUAAGAUUUAAUGCAACCAUGUGUGCUUUUUUUUCAUUAAUGUAAUUUUUAAGAUAGAAAUAAAUGGAUAUAUACAUAAUGUGAAAUAUAAUCAUUUAUAUAAGGCAUGGUUUGGUUCCUAUCUUUUUGUAAUGAUCUCUUCAGAAAUUUGGUGCAAUGGAAACCCUUGGCAAAGCACAAAAUAUUGUAUGUGGUCUACAGUCAGUCCAUUGUUGAAGGAAGUUCACUGAAAGGUAUAUAUAUAUAUAUAUAUAUUUUUUUUGUAAGAAUAGUAAUUACAGAGUUAAGAUGUGUAAGUAAUAAUUAUUGCCAGUUGUCACAGCACUGCAGAAAAAUACCAUACAUUGUGUAAAUUUUAAACCAGUGACACGCUAUGUUGUGUGUGUGUGUGUGUGUGUGGUCCAUAUGAAUUUCUUUGCAAAGGCUAAUUCAACUGAAAGUUGCCCAGGGAUUAAAUUUGUAUAAAUGUCAAAAAGGUUGAAGGAAUACUUAAUGAAGGCUUUUGGAUAUGAAACUCAUGUAAAGAUUUACUAACCUUUUCUGAAAACUGCAUUCAAGAACAAGUCAUGUCAACUAUAACAUUAAUGAUAGAGAAGAGUACAUCUAUAGAACAUAUAAAAUUACACAGCUGUGUAAGCAGACUUCUUUAGUAUAUAAAUAUGUAAAUGAUUGGUAACUUUUCCAAAUUUCUGGACAGAGAUGUGGCCAGUUUUGUUGCUCUUUUAUUUCAUUGUUUGUGUGUGUGUGAAAUAAGCUUUUGUGGUGUAGUCUUAGAAUGUUGUGUAAAUGUUGUACAAUAUUUCUAAUGUAGAAGGUAUCAAAUAAAAAUCUCUUUCAUUGACUUUUUUUUAA